AACCGUAGAAGAAGAAGCAGCAGCAGCAGCGGAAGGCGGUUGAUUUCCCUUCGCUUGUUUGCUCAUGUAAACCGAAUUUAUUUCUCUUUAUUUUAACAACUACAGCUCACUUUUACUCUGGAGGUCAUAAUAAAGUGAUAGGGAGAAUGUUGGCUACAGGAACGACGGUAACCACGGCUGGUCUGACACAGGUGGACCGUGAGAAGAUCUAUCAGUGGAUCAACGAGCUCUCCAGCCCCGAGACGCGGGAGAACGCCCUGCUGGAGCUCAGCAAGAAGAGGGAGUCUGUGAGCGACCUGGCCCCGAUGCUCUGGCACUCCUGCGGGACUAUAGCGGCUCUCCUGCAGGAGAUUGUGAACAUCUACCCAUCGAUAAACCCCCCUACACUGACAGCACAUCAGUCGAAUCGAGUGUGUAACGCUUUAGCACUGCUGCAGUGUGUGGCCUCCCACGUAGAGACACGCUCUGCUUUCCUGGCAGCUCACAUCCCUCUGUUUCUGUAUCCCUUCCUGCACACGGUCAGUAAAACUCGACCCUUCGAAUACCUGCGGCUCACAAGUCUGGGCGUCAUCGGUGCACUAGUGAAAACAGAUGAGCAAGAGGUGAUCAACUUCCUGUUGACCACAGAAAUCAUUCCUCUCUGUCUGCGCAUCAUGGAGUCCGGCAGCGAGCUCUCCAAAACGGUGGCCACAUUUAUACUGCAGAAGAUCCUCCUGGAUGACACGGGUCUUGCGUAUAUCUGCCAGACCUACGAACGCUUUUCACAUGUUGCCAUGAUACUGGGGAAGAUGGUUCUUCAGUUGUCAAAGGAGCCCUCUGCUCGCCUGCUGAAGCAUGUUGUGCGCUGUUAUUUACGACUUUCUGACAACUCCAGGGCUAGAGAAGCUCUGCGUCAGUGCCUGCCCGACCAGCUGAAGGACACCACGUUUGCUCAAGUGCUAAAGGACGACUCCACCACCAAACGCUGGCUCGCUCAGCUCGUCAAAAACCUACAGGAAGGGCAGGUCACGGACCCCCGGGGCAUCCCCUUACCUCCUCAGUAACACAUCAGACUGUUUCACAUACAAGGGCACUUAAUAUUUUUUUGCCAAGAAGCUCAGAAACGGUGCUCCGCAUUCACGGUUUGUUUCGAGAUAUUAAAAAUUGACUUGGGACUCUGCUGGACUGAGGAAGAGUCAGUCUCAUCCAUCGUUAGUGUUUUCUUUUUCCUCUUCAUCCUUUUGACGGAAUCAAGAGGAAUCGAAAGACAGUUUUGUCUGUGUUUUUCAUCACAAAAAUGUGUAAUUUUGAAUGCUGUUAAAUAAACAGUGUCAUGCCA